CCAACAGCUGACAGACGGUGAAAGCCUCUGCCAGAGCUGUCGGUAGAAGAGAGUAGCCUCUCGUCGGUAGCCCACACGGACUGAAAAUACAAGUGGCGUACUGCUGGACUUUGUACCGCUUCACGACCCUGGUUACCGUCGAGCAUCUUGCUUUGAUAAAAAAAAGAAAUACAAAUAUUCAUAUACAUUUAGUGUGCAUCCUGACUUUUCCUGAUCGGAGCUGGGGACCUUUACUGUAAGCUAACUUCCACAAUAGGUCGCUGCGUCGCCGGACUGCUGCAUAUGUUUUAUUCGAGCUUAGCAGUUUGACUCCAGCCCAUCCAGCCGUGCCCAAUGCUGAGGAAUGGAUAGUGUGUCUGCUAAAGGUGGAAAGAUGGUCGAGAGUGAUGAGCAGCCGAAGAGGGAUAGUGUCGGUGGCGCAGCGAUGGCCGCACUACAUCAAUGCGAACUCAUCCAGAAUAUGAUUGAAAUCUCCAUCUCCAGUUUACAGGGGCUACGGACCAAAUGCGCCGCUUCCAACGACCUCACACAGCAAGAAAUACGCACUUUAGAGGUGAAGCUGAUGAAAUACAUCUGUAAACAGCUGCAGUGCAAGCAGAAAGUGCCAGAGACAGAGAGGCCCGAGGCCCUGGACAGCUACCCACACUUACGAGACUGGCUACGCACCAUCAACCUGCGACCGGAGCUCAUCGAGGCAGUGGAAGCAAAGUUGUCCCUGGAUGCCUUACUGCAGAUGACAGGUGCUCAGGUGAGAGAUACAAUGCGAAGACUUGGGUCCACUUCAGAAGAAUGUGCCAGGCUCAGUGCUGCCCUCUCCUGUCUGAAGAGUGCCACCGAAUCAGGAGGUGAACUGAGAGAAGACAGCAGUCCCUGGCUGUCUGAGCCCACGAGGAGAGACAGCGGCUCUCUACUGACCGCAGACCAGCUAACCAACCUGGGGACUCCACUCCGCCCCCACAGUCCCUCCCCGCUGGCCCGCCCAUCCACCAUCCAGUCCACCCCAUCCACCCCCUGCGCUACCUUCCCUCAUCCGCGCUCGGGCUCUGUGUCAGCAGUGCCCACACCUGAAGCACUGGCAUCGUAUGUCCACAGUGAAAGCCCUCUUACAGAUCCUUUCCCGAUGUCGUUAGCUCGCACAGCUCGGCUCCACGGGCACACUUCCACACCACCCAUUACUCCGCCCUCGAAGAGGCGUCACCGACUGAAGCCCCCCUGCACCCCUCCACCUCCAUCCCGCAAAGUGCUGCAUCUGCUUCCCAACAUCACCCUGACGCGCAGCAAAAGCCACGAGUCCCAGCUGGGCAACCGCAUCGAAGACCCACCCACCAACAAGUGUGUUAAAAAGAAUAAGUUGCUCUUGAAUAUGCAAGUCAACGGGAAUGGGUGUGAGGACUCGCCUUCCCGUUACCCCGUCAUGUCUGCGCGCACCCCUGGAGUCACCCCAGCUGCUACCACAGCAUCUUACACCCUGCCUGGGACUCCCACCCUCCUGGAAGAGCACAGCACCAUUAAGAAUAACAUAGCAGUGCAUCGCAGUUCCCCACAAGCAGUGAGGAGGGACAUCGGCCUAGCAGUAACACACAGGUUUUCAACCAAGUCCUGGCUGUCCCAGACAUGUCAGGUCUGCCAGAAGAACAUGAUGUUUGGGGUUAAGUGCAAACAUUGUCGGUUAAAGUGCCACAACAAAUGCACAAAAGAAGCCCCGUCCUGCAGAAUCUCUUUUCUACCAAUCGCCAAAAUCCGGAGGACGGAGUCUGUUCCAUCCGACAUAAACAACCCUGUGGACCGGCCACCAGAAGCACCGCAGUUUGGCACGCUUCCAAAGGCCAUUACAAAAAAGGAUCAUCCUCCAGUGCUUAACCAGCUGGACUCCAGCAGCAAUCCGUCCUCCACCACCUCCUCCACACCGUCCUCCCCAGCACCCUUCCAGCAGAGCAACCCCCCCAGUGCCACGCCCCCACCCAACCCGUCGCCCAAAGGCCAUCGGGACAGCCGCUUCAACUUCCCAGAUGUCUCCAGUCCUGCUCAUUUGCAUCCUGAUGUCCUUCAAGACACUGUCAGUGAGAUAGAGCAGUCUGCGGAUGACAUACAUGCCGAGUUGGUGGAGGAUGAAGAUGAAGAGGAAGGGGAGGAAAUUGAGGUUGAAGAUGAAGACCCCGAAGCAGAGGAGGAGAAUGAGGAAGACGAGGAGCAGAAUGAGGAUGAAGGGGAUGAAUACGAUGGGGAGGACAUAAGGAUGAACGUGGGCUCGGACGGUGAGUGCGAUGAGUUGGAUGAUCUGCCCAGCUCUCGGGGAAACCAGUGGAAAGGCCCCAUCUCCCGCAAGGCGAGCCAGACCAGCGUCUACCUGCAGGAGUGGGACAUACCGUUUGAGCAGCUGGACCUCGGCGAGCUCAUAGGAAAAGGUCGCUGGGGCAAAGUGCAUAAGGGCCGGUGGCAUGGCGAGGUAGCUAUCCGACUUCUAGAAAUUGAUGGGAACAAUCAGGACCAUCUGAAGCUCUUCAAAAAGGAGGUGAUGAACUACAGACAGACCAGGCACGAGAAUGUGGUCCUCUUCAUGGGGGCCUGCAUGGCUCCACCCCACCUAGCCAUCAUCACCAGUUUCUGUAAAGGGAGGACACUAUACUCAGUUGUUAGAGACACUAAAAACACUUUGGACAUUAAUAAGACAAGACAAAUUGCUCAGGAGAUUGUAAAGGGAAUGGGCUAUCUGCACGCUAAAGGCAUCGUUCACAAAGACUUGAAGUCAAAGAACGUUUUUCACGAUACCAACAAAGUCGUGAUCACAGACUUCGGGCUGUUUGGGAUCUCUGGAGUUGUUCAGGAGGGGAGGCGUGAGAACAAACUAAGACUUCCACAUGGCUGGAUUUGUUAUCUCGCGCCAGAGAUUGUGCGCAGAAUGAGCCCGGGUAACAAUGAGGACCACCUUCCUUUUUCCACUUCAGCUGAUGUGUAUGCCUUUGGCACCAUUUGGUAUGAGCUUCAAGCUAGAGAUUGGCCAAUCACCAACCAGCCUGUAGAAGCUACCAUCUGGCAGGUGGGGAGCGGAGAAGGCAUAAAGAAGGUCUUGGCGGAGAUCAGCCUUGGCAAGGAGGUCACUGAGAUCCUCUCUGCCUGCUGGGCGUACGACCUGAGAGAAAGGCCGACCUUCACCCAGCUGGCCGACAUGCUGGAGAAGCUGCCCAAGCUCAACCGCAGGCUGUCCCACCCCGGACACUUCUGGAAGUCUGCAGAGUUGUAGCAGUCACUCUGAAACAUAAGCAAUGCAAAACAAAGCCUGGGUCUGCCUUGCAUGCUCCUGUAUCCUUAAACUCUUACAGGAUUGAUCAAAGCAUUGCCUCUGCCUGAAACAGACACUGCUUCCGCUAAUCCACAGUCUGAUCUUCCAUGUCUAACCGUUGCGUUUUCUUGUUGGGAAAAGAGGAUCGGUGGAGUGAGGUGCAGCGGCGUGGUGGGGGGAAGGGACGCAGCUGUCGUCCUCCACGCUGUCUCAUCCUUUUCGUCUAAUAUCUCUCUGCCUUCCUUUUUGGUUUUGUUCUGUAACGUUGUUCGGGACUCUGAGGCUUGUGGUGUCUGUGCUAAGACUGACUGGUACGCUGUGGUCUGUGCCUGCUGAUGGCUGCCCUCUGCUGGGCCUGCUCACCUUCUCUGUGCUGCUGUGAUGUGGUUGUUCUCGCCGGGGCCGCGCGGCUCUUUUUCCUCUCCGAAACACACACACGCACGCACACACACACACAAAGAAACACUGCUGGACAUAAAAAUGGACCUUGCUACCAAAUGGACCACUUCAUUUAUCUUUGUUUUCCCUGAGGGGGUUGACACACGUUUGACAGGCUGCUCGAGUGAUGCUCUCAAACUGACUGCCUCUCUUCUUCUCUCUCUCAGUUUUUAAUGUUUGUGUGAUGGCAUGUGCUGAGAUGGUCACCAGCCCAUGUCUAGACACAAUAUGCACUUUGUCAACAGGAAAAGAAAUAAUCAUGAGCUCUUUUUGUUGUUGUCGUUUAGUUUGGUUUUAAAUAGUCAUAUUUGCAGUGUUUUCUUUUUCCUUCAGGAGGGUGUCAGAGGCUUGGACAGCGUGAUAUGCUCAUUUGUAUGUUGUCGUCUUGGAGUAUAACCUGGUUAGUUUUUUUGGAUGCAUUUGAAAAUAAGGCACUCGUGAAGACUGCUAAACGGCAAAACGGCAGUUGAAACGGGUGAAAUAUUCCUGUCGUUGUUCAAAAUCCACAUGAGAAAAGAAUGAUGCCGGCUCUCUAUGAUUAAAGACGUUUUAAUUAUAAUGUCCAUCCAUUGAAGUGUAAAGUGCACCUUAUUAGAACAUGAGUUACGUAGAGAGAUCUUUCUUUCAAGAAGAGCUGAGCGAUUUCAUUCUCUGCACAAAAAACAAUAUAUAUAUAUAUAUAUUUAAAUCAGGAACCUGGCGCAAAAGUGUCCUAUAUCUUCCUAAAACAUUACCUCUUGUGUGCGCUUGUGUAUACUGUUUGUGGUUGCUGGCUUCAGUUGGCGUGCCUGUAUUUAUGUGUUGUGUGUGGGUGCACGUGCGACUGAGUGAGCGUACUGUAUUUGGAAUACGUAGGGUUGGUUUUCGUGAAAGACUGCAGUAAAUAUUGUGUUGCAAAUCCAAUGGUAUGUAAUGUAAAUACAUUAUUUAAUGUAUAGCAAAUUGAACCUGAUUCUUCUAAUAUUUGUAUAAACAUUUUAUAUGUAAAAUACAUCACAACAUUUUUGAAUAGGUACUGCUAUGGCUAUUACAGAUGUGUAUAUAUAUUUAUAUUUUUUUCAUGUAUAAAAUACUGUAUAAAAGCUGUAAAAUUUUUUAGAAUGGGCCGAUACAUGUUUUUUUAUGUUACUGUAAAAAUUCAUAUUUUUGUAUUGCAUGUGAUUACCAUUCUGUACACGCAGUUUCUGUUUUCAUCCGUGGAGGACAAUAAAAUGAGGCUUGUCAUGUAA